CCGCUUGCCGCCGCAAAAGCCAACAAAAGCGAUAUCGCGACGCAAGUCAAGAGGCAGAGGUAUUAGUUUCUCUAGUGCGUGCCGUCCGUGCCCUCUCGGCUUUAAUCGAUUCGAAUUGAUUAAAAAUCGCGCUGAAUUCGUCGCGAUCGCUUUUCUUCCAUCUCGCGGGUUAAUCUCGAGCACUCUCCUUCGGAUCGGAUUAAUCUCGAACGCGAGACCCGAGCAACUUCCUCGGCGACCGUGUCGACUGGCACACAGCAGCGAAUUAUUUUUCUCGCGCCUAUAUCAUGCAGCUCACCCCGGUUUUUUAGCAUCGGUUCCAAGAGCCAGAGAGAACGAGCAUCGAAUACAACACUAGAACCGAAGCAGUACGUUUCGCCGCAUGGGUGCCUGGGUUGACGAACGUUUCGCGGAGGAGGAGGUGGUCCCAAGUAAUCAAAGUGCUACUUGGACUUGGAGAAUCCGGAGCCGCAAUUGCAAUGGUGGUGGACCAUUGCAUGGUCGACCGGGUGCCGACUAUCAAUCGCCAGACAACCUUACAUCGACCUGGUCGUCCCUAUUACCGUUGCGUCGUCAGUUCACCAGGCAGCUCUACGAGUGGCCUUGUUUACCGUUGUUUAAGUCAAGGACGAAAUUAGAUUUUUAUUAAAUCGAUCGUUUCGAUUUGAGGAGAAGGGGCCGCCCAAAUUCUUUGCAAAUACAAUUGCUCGAGUUUUUGUUACCGCGUGUGAUUGCUUGUAUGUGUCUAUAUAUGUGCGUAUCGUAUACGGUAUCAGUUUCAUGGAGAGGAAAAUCGCAAGUAUUUUGAUAUCUUGAAAAAAAAGUGAAUAUUUCUCACAUUCUUCGUUUCUCCAAUAUGGCCGAGUGGACCAAGUUUAAUGAUGGAGACAAGCAGAUUCGACUAGACGAACGAACGACGAAUGAUACGACCGUGAGGCAAUCGUAUGCUGAAACUAGCGAUGAUAAAAUUAUCAACAGAGGUUUACGUAUGUCGAACCAUCGAAACGAUUGUAAUUGUGAUCAUAAUCACGAGGACACAAUUAUGGAUUCGAGCUCGGUUCGGGGAUUAGAAUACGUCAAUGACUUUCAAAACAACUCGGAAUCAUUGGAAAAUGCGCAAAAGAAAAAAGAAAAAGAAGAAGAAGAAGAAGAGGAGGAGGAGGAGGAGGAAGAGGAAGAAGAAGAAGAAGAAAUAAGAUUCGUAGAGAACGACCCGGAACGAAUGGAGCAAUCGGGCUCAAGGUUACGUCAGGAAGUUCGUCAAGAGCUAAAAGAUGAUUCGCAAAAUAUGCAAAGUUCACCAAAGAGACCCAACAGCCUUUAUAGAGAGGAUGCAUCUAGUCCGCAGAAACUGAAGAGCGUUUUCAAUGAAAGGAGUACAAUUUUCGGGUCCCCUACCAGAAUUGGACUGUCGUCCAAGAACCAUUUGUUGACCGAAAAGAGCACUGAGAAACUCGUGAACGGCAAGUCUCCAAAGGAAGAUAAGCAGCAGCAUCACGUGCAAUUCAACAAAGAGUCUCAAAAGCAACAGCUACGUCAUACACCUGAAGAAAGACCGCAUCCAAGUCCGUCAAUCUCCACGUCUACCACAAGCAGUUCCGAGGACAAUUCCAGUUUGGGACAGUUUUGCGAAGCUAGGCCUCCCGAUGGAGGUUGGGGUUGGGUCGUCGUAGCGGCCUCAUUUAUGGUAAACUUGAUCGCGGAUGGCAUUACCUUUUCCUUUGGCGUAAUAUAUGUCGAAUUCCUUAAUUAUUUCGGCGAGGGCAAGUCCAAGACAGCGUGGAUAGGUAGUCUCUUUAUGGCGAUGCCAUUGUUGUCGGGGCCGGUAGCAAGUUUCUUAACCGAUCGAUAUGGAUGUAGAAAAGUAUCUGUAGCCGGUAGCAUUUUGGCAACAGCCGGUUUCGUUGUAAGUUCCUAUGCGAACUCUAUGGAAGUACUCAUUUUCACAUUUGGCAUUGUAGCAGGUUUUGGCUUGUCCUUGUGUUUCGUCGCAGCGGUGGUAAUCGUGGCGUACUACUUUGACAAAAAGAGAUCUUUUGCUACCGGUUUAUCAGUAUGUGGUAGCGGAAUCGGGACUUUUAUCUUUGCGCCUGUUACACAAAAUCUUUUAGCAGAGUACGGCUGGAGAGGAACCACGUUGAUUCUGGCGGGAUUGUUUUCGAAUCUCGCUGUAUGUGGAUGUCUAAUGCGGGAUCUCGAAUGGACUACCACUAGAGCAAAAGCAAAAACUCAAGAGAGGAGAAAGAAUCGAGAAAAGAAGAGAUCUAAAAUACAGAGUUCCAGCGCAGAUUCCUUUUCCGCCACCAGUUCUGCAAACACGACCACGCAAACACCUCACGGUGAUUCUAAAAAAGGUUUUGCAUCAGUCAACGCGAUGAUUAUUGAGAAUCUUCGGCCGCAGGAUGUAUGCAACGAGGAGAGUGGUGAGAAGUUAUUUUCUAGCUUAGUGAAUUUACCUACUUUCGUCAAGAAUGGAGAAAAAGUACCUUUGGAGGUGUUAGAAUUACUCAGUACGAAUAAGACUGAGACCGUUUACAAUGUGCUCCUGCAAAACUAUCCAAGUCUUUUGAUAUCGUCGAGGAGUUUCAGCGAUUCUGGGGCGCUGCACGAUCAACUGAGUACUUCCUCGGCUCGAUUUAUAACAGCACCUAGUUCAUUAACUGAAGACAAGGACAAGAGCCGUGAUUUGCGCGGCGAGCAGCAUCAACAUCAGCAUCAGCAUCAACAUCAGCAUAAUCAUUAUCAUCAUCAUAACCAUCAAUCGGUAGAACCGGCAUAUUUAUGGUGGCUGAAGAAAAUCAAUUUCGACACUCCGUUAAGGCGAUCUAGCACAUUGGAACAACCGAGGAGGCUGCCCACUGCCUAUUUAAAGGAUAUCAGAAUGCAUAGGCACAGUCUGACUUACAGAGGUGCUAUGCUCAACAUCAAUCGAUAUCGUUUGCGAGCUUCAAGCUGCCCGGACAUCUACAGAAAUUCAAUGACUACGAUCGCCAAGACGAAGCUCGUUUGGUACGCUGGACUCUGGGAAUUUUGGGACUUGAUCGUCGACAUGCUAGACUUUUCGUACUUUGCCGAUCCGAGAUUUCUACUGUUCGCCGUCAGCAACUUUCUCUUGCACACGUGGUACGAUGUGCCUUAUGUCUACCUAACGGACAAUGCAAUCGAAGUUGGAUUUAGCGAGACGGAUGCGUCCAUUCUGAUCUCGGUGAUUGGAAUCGCUAAUAUGAGCGGCGAGAUUCUUCUGGGUUGGGCUGGUGAUAGGGCGUGGGUAAAUGCAUCUAUCGUGUAUGCAGUGUGCAUGGCGCUCUGCGGUACUGUUACCGCUCUGAUACCAAUAGUUAUCAACGACUAUUACACUUUAUGUGCAAUCUCUGGUGCCUUUGGAUUAUUCAUCGCAGCAAAUUACAGUCUUACCAGCAUCAUCCUUGUUGAGCUGAUCACCUUGGACAGAUUCACCAACGCUUAUGGUCUUCUGUUACUCGUUCAAGGAAUUGCUAAUCUCAUGGGCCCUCCGCUAGCUGGGUGGCUGUACGAUAUCACAGGCACGUACAAUCUGUCCUUCUACUUGGCGGGAUUGUUUAUUGCGUUAAGCGGCGUAUUGUUAUUAGUGAUGCCUUUAAUCAAUUUGUAUCGAAAGUGUCGAAACGAAUCUAAAGGGGUAACUACUGAUAAGGAUUUCAAUGCGAUAAACAGUGUGUAAAUAUGCCGGUAUUCAUUGAAGGAGCCAGCCAGAAGGAAGGAGCUAUAGAGAGACAAAUAAUGAUUGUCGAUCAGUUGUCGAUCGCAAUUGGAAUCGCGUGUUAAUAAGGAAUAUGAAAGGAAUUGCAAUACAGAUUGCGAAAAUUGUCACAGGCACCCCUUAAUUUCGUUAUAGUGUUAUUUCACGAUGUGCUAUACACGAGUUGCUAGAGCCGGCUGUGGUGUAUUACAUAAUUAAUUAUAAUUAUAAUUAAACCUAUAAUUUGUCGAAACGGGUUUAUCGCAACUUUUCGCAACACUAAUGUAAGCAACUAAUGUGAGCAACUCGAGGAAUGUUAUGUAAAAAAAAAAAAAAUGAUAAAAAAUCGCAUCGGUGGAGUGAUUCUCCGAU